CCAGGCUCCUCUCGGCGGCGGCGGCGCUGCGCCCUCAGGUCCGGGCUGUGAUUCCAUCGGCAGCGGCUGCAGCAGCACUGGGGAGCCCCCGGCCUCGGUCCUGAUCCCGGACAAAAAAUGGUGCAGAAGAAAGCGGCUGAACUUGAGGGUUUCCAUCGUUCGUUCAAGGAGGUGAAGUUUUCCUGUAAUGUAAGAGCUGGGAGGCUUCUGAGAGAUCAUCUGGUCCAAUCCUUCCUUUUUUGUGGAAGAGAGAAACAGCCUCAGAGAGAGGGACAGAAUCCUUUCGAGCUGGCCUUUGCCGUCAACCAGUCCAACCACCUAGAAUCUGUCUUCAAUUUUGAGUGCCCUACCCGCCCUGAUAUGCCCUCAAGCCAGCCCAUCGACAUCCCUGAUGCUAAGAAAAGAAGCAAGAAGAAGAAACGCUGCCGGGCCACAGAUAGCUUCUCUGGGAGGUUUGAAGAUGUUUACCAGUUGCAGGAUGAAGUGCUGGGAGAAGGAGCCCACGCCCGAGUCCAGACGUGCAUCAACCUCAUUACGAACAAAGAGUAUGCUGUGAAGAUCAUUGAGAAGCGCCUGGGCCACAUACGGAGUCGUGUGUUUCGGGAGGUAGAGAUGUUGUACCAGUGCCAGGGACAUAGAAAUGUCCUUGAACUGAUAGAGUUCUUUGAAGAAGAAGAGAGAUUCUACUUGGUGUUUGAGAAGAUGCGGGGUGGCUCCAUCCUCUCUCAUAUCCAUCAACGACGUCAUUUCAACGAGCUUGAGGCCAGCAUGGUGGUCCAGGACAUUGCCAGCGCCCUUGACUUCUUGCACAAUAAAGGGAUUGCACAUAGGGAUCUUAAACCUGAAAACAUCCUCUGUGAAAAUCCUGACCAGGUUUCUCCAGUCAAGAUCUGCGACUUUGACCUCGGCAGUGGCAUUAAGCUCAAUGGUGACUGCUCUCCCAUCUCCACCCCAGAGCUGCUCACACCGUGUGGCUCUGCAGAGUACAUGGCCCCCGAGGUGGUAGAAGCUUUCAACGAGGAGGCCUCCAUCUACGACAAGCGAUGUGACCUCUGGAGCCUUGGCGUCAUCCUCUACAUCCUGCUCAGCGGCUACCCACCCUUUGUGGGCCACUGUGGCAGUGACUGCGGUUGGGACCGGGGCGAAGCUUGUCACACCUGCCAGAACAUGCUUUUUGAGAGCAUCCAGGCAGGCAAGUACGAGUUUCCCGACAAGGACUGGGCCCAUAUCUCCUUUGGAGCCAAAGACCUCAUCUCCAAGCUGCUUGUCCGGGAUGCCAAGAAGCGGCUAAGCGCGGCCCAGGUCCUGCAGCACCCCUGGGUGCAAGGGUGUGCUCCGGAUAACACCUUUCCCACUCCAAUAAUCCUGCAGAGAAACAGCAGUGCCAAAGAACUCACCUCCUUUGCGGCAGAGGCCAUUGCCGUGAACCGCCAGCUGGCGCAGCGUGAAGAAGACGAGGAGGAGGAAGAGAAUCGACCAAUCGUCAUCAAAGCUACCUCAUGUUCCAUGCAGCUGUCGCCACCAUCCAAGUCGAAGCUGGCCCAGCGGCGGCAGAAGGCCAGCCUGUCCAAGGCCCCGCCAGCCCCCCAGCACCUGGUCAGCCCCUUGGUCCUGGUCAGCGACCACAUGUAAUGGCCCCAGCCGGGUCCCCCUCCAGCCCCUGCUGUACGUUCAUCCUGACGAGGUUCGCCGGGGUUGGGUUGGGUUUUUUUAAGCUGUUGCCAGCCGGCGAUCACUCCCUCCUCUGGCUGGUUUCCAGGGAGUUCAGCUGACCUUGGGAGUAAUUUUUUUUUUAUAAAUAUUUUUAAAUGGUCUAAUGGUAUUUACCAACAAAGCAAGAAUGUGGCACACACCCCAGGCACGCUCAAAGGGCGUGUAGCACACUGACAUUUGUGGGUCCUUUUUUGUUGUUGGGGGUCCCCUCUCUUCCUAUGCCAAAGGAAGCUCAGCUCACCCCAUACUGUGAAAGACGGCCAGUCAGUUGUGUGAAGAGGCGCGUAGUUCUCCAUCCCCUGCCCGGUCACCCACCCUCACCUUGCCCUUGCCCCCCUUCCAGAUCGAGUGUAAAGAAUCGGCUCAGGAGGAAGGCCUGUUUUCCUGACUCCAGAGGCCUUCCAGAGCAGGUGAUGGGCCCCUGGUCGGGGGGGGGGGGGGGAAGGGAGGACUGUUCUCCCCUCCCCACCGCCCCCUGCCACUGCAUAUAUGCAUUUUUUCUAUAUAUGUAUAUACAUAUGCAUUUUAUACAUAUGUAUAUAUGAUAUAUAAAAAUUCAUUUUGCAUUCAUCCAGCCCCAUGGGAAAUUCUCAGUAUUCUAAGGAGGUUUUCCCCACCUGGCCUGUGUACAGUGUUGAGAAAGGAGUGGAGUCCAUGCCUAAGCUCGAGGUGAAGUGUUGACUCACUCCAGAUAGAAUAGCUUUCCUCCCUUCUCCUGUUCUUCCCUCACCCAGCCGCAAGCUCUCCUUUUGGGGUCUUGCUUGGAGGAUGAGUUUAGCCCACCUGGACACAUUGGCCUUGGAGCAGUAGGAUCCAGGAGGGCGAUGUCCUACAGGGGAGGUAGAGCCCACGCCCAAGCUGGGCCACUCCUAUGGGGCUUUCCUUUCCCCCUAGCUCUCUCCCUCCUCCCUCCCCGAUCCUACCCCAUCACUGACUGGCCAGAAUGUAGUCUAAGAGUGGGGUAGUGGCUGGCUUUCUCCCUUUUUCAUCCCCAACAGGCAAAACUCCCCUCCCUCCUUUUCCCCCAUCUCCUGGGGCAGACAAUCUGGGUCUUCUGCAAAUUCCCUUUUAUUUUCUUUCCCUGGGACCCUGUUACAUAUUGGUGUCCCCGAGGGAAGCAAGUGUACCUGACUGCUAGUGAUGGGGACGAGAGCCUGCCAGAAGGUGCUGGGAUCCUGGGCUCUGGUCUGGCCAUAAAAAUACGGGUGACUCCCAUGUCCCAGGCAGGGAGGAAGGAGGAGAGCUGGCUUCCCCAUGUUCCCUGGGGUUCUUGUUGGCAGCUCCUGAGGUGGGGGUG